AUGUCAAAGGACUCGAGCGAGUCAGUUCCCAAAAUCCAGUUGAAAGAUUUGACGGGCAGAAAGUAUCUCGAAGAAGCCGUCGUGCCCAUUCUUACGCAAGCACUUGAGGAUCUCGUCAAGGAGCGUCCUAGUAACUCCGUAACGGCCCUCGAAUGGCUCGCCCAAUACCUCAUCAAAAACAAGAACUGGAAAGAGAAGCAAGAAAACGAAAAGAAAAAAGAGCUGAAUAAAAAUAAUGAAAACGAGCCAAAAGCGUAA